UCGCCCUUGCCUUUCCUACGGGGCAGCCAUGUUGGAUGUGGUAUUGUUAUGAGUGUGUGAAUGUGAAAGGAAGGGAGCAAAGGGGGAAGGGGGUAGCUGGUUCAGGGCCAGGUGUUGGAGCUCUGAGGGAAGCUACAAACACGGCACAUGCUGUACCAGAAAGAGGGGAGCCCGCAGUACCCUGCGCACCCUGAAAUCACCAACUCCCUGCCCGGGCGGUCGUAAAGUGGUGCAGGGAAAAAUGAGAAGCAAGGUGAAAGCCCCAUAGAGGAAGCGAGGAGGAGCGCUGGGAUUGUAUAGCAAACAGGGGCAGCUGCUUAUCAUUCAAUAAAAGGGGUGCCUGCCCUCCCUGCAAGCACCCACAUAAGCACCCACCACUCACCCUGUGGCCCCUCACUCUGCUCAGGGCCACAAUCCCUGCCACUGCUCCCCUGCCUGGGAAUCUAGGGCCUGGGCCUUGGGAGUGUGGGAUUGUGCAUGUGAGGGUAAUUAGGGCUGAUUGCACUGAGGUAGGUAGGUGGGUGGGGGGGUAGUGCUUUUACAUGAUGUAUCAUAGGGAGAGGUGGGGGGCAUUUAGGCGCUGGCUGUGAGGGGGUGUGAUAACGGCAGAAAGGAAUCCGGUUCUGAUCAUGGUAAAACCAAGCCAAAGACAGAUCCAGUCGGCAGCAGAAAGCAGGAGUGGGCGCAGCUGAAACACUGCCUGGCCCGGUGGGAGAUGUCGGGAAAGAAUUUGGGGGCCGCGCGUCGCAGGAGGACGCGCUGCCGAAAGUGCGAAGCCUGUGUGCGCACCGAGUGCGGGGAGUGCCACUUCUGCAAAGACAUGAAGAAGUUCGGCGGCCCCGGGCGCAUGAAGCAGUCAUGUCUGAAGAGACAGUGCACGGCGCCGGUGCUCCCACACACAGCUGUGUGCCUCCUCUGUGGGGAUGCAGGGAAGGAGGACACUGCGCAGGAGGAGGAGCAGAAGUUCAACCUGUCUCUAAUGGAAUGUACCAUCUGCAAUGAGAUUGUGCACCCCGGCUGUAUCAAGAUGGGCAAGAGCGAAGCUGUCAUUAACACAGAGAUUCCUAACUGCUGGGAGUGUCCGAAAUGCAAGCGUGAAGGCCGCACAAGCAAGGACUGUCUGGAUAGUUCGGGCAAGCGGCGCUUGGACAACGGGGAAGAUGCCGUGCGGUGGAAACUGACGGAUGAUCCGGCCCCCGGCAAAAAGAAAUCCUCGGAUGAAAACGCAGGGCACAAGAGGAAGAAAGAGCAGGGGCCACAGUCUGAAGCGGGACUCAAGAAAAAGGUGAAAGCAGAAAAGGACAAGAAGGUUAAAAAGAUCGAGCCGCCGGUCCCAGCGGAUCCCGUCCCGCCAUUGGAUCGUUCCCACCAGAGGGAGAAGAUCGAGCGCUUCAAGCAGAUGUGCCAGAUGUUGGAGCGAGCGCGCAGCAGCACCUCCAGUUCCAGCUCCGAUUCAGACUCUGACUCCGACUCCAAGGGCUCCAGGGGCAGCAGUGACACCGGCGAAGGGGGCGGGGGGGACGGGCAGGAGUCCAGGAUAAGCUUCAGCACCAGUUCCGAGGAGGACGAGGAUGAAGGGGGGGCGGGGGACGGACGCAACGGCACCCGAAAUGGCAAGCAGAAGCCACCGCGGGCCAAUUGGAGGGAAAAGGAGAACAGGCGAGGGGGCGGGGUGGGCAACAACAGGAAGGGCAUUACAGGAAGGAACACUGGGCAGGCGGUUUCACGGACUCAAUUGCUAAAGAGGCCUCUGGUCCCUUCUCCCCCCAAACCGGCUCCCCUGCAACUUGAACGGCACGUGGUUCGGCCCCCUCCCCACAGCCCCGAGCCGGACUCCCUACCUCUCGACGGCGGGACAGACCAUGUGAUGCAAAGGGGGGUCUGGCUGUCUGUGUUCAGGCACUUGGGACAGAAGGAGCUCUGCAUCUGUAUGCGGGUGUGCCGGACCUGGAACCGCUGGUGCUGUGACCGCCGUCUGUGGACAUCCAUUGACUUGAGCCGACGAAAAUCAAUCACCCCUCCCAUGCUAAGUGGUAUAGUCCGUCGGCAGCCAAUCAGACUCGACUUGAGUUGGACCAACAUAUCAGAAAAGCAGCUGACCUGGUUAAUCCAUCGACUCCAAGGUUUAAAGGAGUUGCUGGUAGCCGGCUGCACUUGGAGCGCAGUUUCCUCACUCUGCACUGCCUCCUUUCCAUGCUUGUCCCUGCUGGACCUGGGCUGGGUGCAGGGAAUGAAAACCUCCCACCUCCGUGAGCUGCUCUCCCCCCCGUCGUCUGACUGUAAAACAGUUGUGCCAGAUCCCCGGGGCCGACUGCCCUCCCUUUCCGAGCUGCGCCUUUGUGGCUUGGAGAUCGGAGACUCCGCCCUGCGCCUGCUGCUCCGCCAUACGCCGCGGCUCCAUCGCUUGGACUUGAGUCACUGUGUGCAGCUUAGCGACCAUGGGAUCCAUAUUCUGACUGCAGCCUCCUCCCUAAGGGACAGCCUCACACACCUCAACCUCACAGGGUGUCACCGCCUGACGGACCAAUCCCUGGCCUUUUUUAAGCGCUGCCCCCACUUGCAGCUUGUGGACCUGCGCUCCUGCCGACUCCUCACCAGCGAGGGUUUCCAGAAGCUUCUCCAGGAUCCGCCAUCUGACCCCGAUGGAAAACCCUUCCAGUGUGUGGAGGAUCAGGUGCUGAGCCGGGAAAGCUAGCGGCGGCCCCCACCCCAGCACUACUGCCCUCAGCAGGGACAACUCUACUGUAUCUGCCUCCUUUACCAGCCCUGGCGCUCUGUCUGGGACUCGGAAAGCAGGUUGCACUGAAGUCCCAUCUGUAACUGUACCUGUGUCAGGAUGGAGCAGCCAUGACAGCUGAAGCCGUCGCUGAUAUCGAGCGGUUACUGACGUGGAAGGGGGAGAAAGUUCCUUCUAGCUCAUACUGAGGUUUUUUUUUGGGGAGAGGGGUGUGGACACCCCUUAUACCUUAAUGAAUAGUUAUGAAUGUCUUGACACAAUGGGAACCUCCUGUGAGCAUGUUCUGGUGUUUAAGUGGUGGCCACACAAGGUUGGGGAUGACGGUUUGGUAGCCCACUCCAUACCUUACCUCCUGCUCUCACUCUGCACGGGAUCUGGUGGUUGGACCUUCUGGCGCUUGGUUCCUCUGGCGGUUGGACCUUCUGGUGGUUGAAUCCUCUGGCGGUUGGUUCCUUUGGCGGUUGGACCUUCUGGCAGUUGAAUCCUCUGGCGGUUGAAUCCUCUGUCAGUUGGUUCCUCUGGACGGUUGGACCUUCUGGUGGUUGAAUCAUCUGGUGGUUGGUCCUUCUGGCGGUUGGUUCCUCUGGCGGUUGGUUCCUCUGGCGGUUGGGUCCUUCUGGCGGUUGGGUCCUUCUGGCAGUUGGUUCCUCUGGCGGUUGGUUCCUUCUGGCGGUUGGUUCCUUCUGGCGGUUGAAUCCUUCUGGCGGUUGGAUCCUUCUGGCGGUUGGUUCCUCUGGCAGUUAUGGCUCACACUCCAAGCAGGGGAUGUGGGGACAGAGCAACACUCCACACAUUUUGCAUUAAUGGGAUAUAGGCCUGGGUAAAAGAACGGGUUGGGGGGGGGGUAGAGAUGGUCCUACAGGAUGAGAGCAAAAGCUGCUUCCUACAUGGUACGACCCUGGGGGCUAUUGGGACAUAGGCAUUAAAACUGUAGACCUUUCCACUCCAAAAGGACUGGGCAUUCCCUUUGCACAAGGGGGGGGUAUCCCAGCCCUUCUGGGGGCAUCUGAAUGAGAAGCUUUGCCCCUGUUGCUUGAUGCAGGGAUGCAAACUGUAUGACCCGGCUUUGGGGAGGGGGGGUUCCUCCUGGGCUGGCAGCAAGAUUGUAUUCUGAUUGCUGUAUUUUACACAUGUGAGAUACUCAGUGUCAGUAUAUAUUGCAGCAUGUUCAUUCCCGUGGGGUUGGGGGUUAUUGCAUUGAAAGGCCUUUUUUUUUCCCCUCCCUUUUUGUUUCUCUCCCCCCCCUUGGUGUAUUAUGGGAAAGGCUUGAAGAGCAACGCUGUGCAGCUAUGUAUACGGCGGGACGGGAGUGGGCGGAGAGAGGAGAGUGGGCGGGGUGGCAGCACCGCGGGGGUGGGAUCACUUGUAGUCACGGGACAGGCACAUAUCACGGAGAUUUGGGGUGAUUUUUCUCUCCUCCUUCCCUUCUCGCCACGGGUUAUAACGGUUUAUGGAUUUACGUUCUGCUCUGUUUAUUUUGUUUUUUAUUUUAUAUAAACGUGGUUCUUUUGUACA